AUGCGAAGGUUGGAAUGGGACGACAUGGGGGUGAAGGUUGAUGGUCGGCAGCUACAUCAUUUGCGCUCUGCUGAUGACAUCGUGCUAAUAACACUUAGUAUCAGUCAAGCGGAACGAAUGCUGACCGAAUUUGACGAAACAUGUGGAUGCAUCGGUCUUCAGCUGAAUCUGCAAAAGACGAUUUUCAUGCGUAACAGAUGGGUUUCGGAUGCCCCAUUCACGCUCAACGGAACAAACAUAUCCAAUUGCAGCAGCUACAUUUAUCUGGGUCGGGAAUUGAACAUGAUGGACGACCUGACCCCUGAGCUGGACAGGAGGAGAAGAGCGGCUUGGAGAGUCUAG